AUGAAGAGGAUUGGGUCUUCAAAAUUACCACAAAUUAACAUUUCUAAAACUUCAACCUCAGUGGGUUCAAACUUCUCCACUACAGCCUCUAGUUCUAGCGCCUCCUCAUACUCAAUUCCCUCUUCUGGUAGCACUACUCCAUCGUCUGUUUCACCAUCAAAUGCUCAAGCAAUUUCUUUUGCUAAAAAGAGAGUCGAUUAUACUCAAAAAGUUCAAUAUUCAACAAAUGGUAUUGGGUCUAUGGGAACAAGGUCUACAGUCAUUCAGUUAUUAAAUAAUAUUACGACAAAACGUGAAGCCGAACAAUAUCUAAAAUAUUUUACCUCUGUUUCUCAACAACAGUUUGCUGUUAUUAAAGUCGGUGGUGCUAUCAUUAGUGAUAAAUUACAAGAAUUAGCCUCUUGCCUGGCCUUUUUGUAUCAUGUCGGAUUAUACCCAAUAGUAUUACACGGAACUGGACCACAAGUAAAUGAAAAAUUAGAAUCUCAAGGUGUUGAACCAGAUUACAUCGAUGGUAUUAGAAUUACUGAUGACAAGACAAUGGCUGUUGUUAGACAAUGUUUCUUAGAACAAAAUUUGAAAUUAGUCACUGCUUUGGAAAAAUUAGGUGUUAGAGCAAGACCAAUUACAUCUGGUGUUUUCACUGCUGAUUAUUUAGAUAAAGAAAAAUAUAAUUUGGUUGGUAAUAUCUGCAGCGUAUCUAAGGAUCCAAUUGAAGCAUCUAUUAAAGCUGGUGCAUUGCCAAUUUUAACUUCAUUAGCAGAAACUACUUCUGGUCAAAUGCUAAAUGUUAAUGCUGAUGUUGCUGCCGGUGAAUUAGCACGUGUCUUUGAGCCAUUAAAAAUUGUAUACUUAAAUGAAAAAGGUGGUAUCAUUAAUGGUGAAACAGGUAAUAAAGUCUCUAUGAUCAAUUUAGAUGAAGAAUACGAAGACUUAAUGAAACAAAGUUGGGUUAAAUACGGUACAAAAUUAAAGAUUAAAGAAAUUAAAGAAUUGCUAGAUUAUUUACCACGCUCAUCUUCAGUCGCAAUUAUUGAUGUUGAUGAUUUACAAAAGGAAUUAUUUACCGAUUCUGGUGCUGGUACUAUGAUCAGAAGAGGUUAUAAAUUAUCCAAGAGAACUUCUUUGAAAGAAUUUCCAACUGAAGCAUUAAGAGAUGCUCUUCAAAGAGACUCUGACAUUUCAAGUGGUAAAAUUUCAGCAGCUAGUUAUUUGACUAAAUUAGGAAAUACUGAAUUCACUUCAUAUGCCGAUGAACCAAUGGAUGGGUUAGCUAUUGUAACAAAGGCCGAACCUGUUCCAAAAUUAGAUAAAUUUCUAUGUUCACAAACUGCUUGGCUAAAUAACGUUUCUGAUAACAUUUUCACAUCUAUUAAUCGUGAUUUCCCCUCUUUACAAUGGACUGUAGAUGAAAAAGAUGAAAAUAUAGCAUGGCAUUUCGCUAAAUCUCAAGGUUCUUAUUUAAAGAAUGGUAAAGUUUUAUUCUGGUACGGAAUUAAUGAUUUAGAUACAAUCUCAAAGAUUAUCAAUGAGUUUACUGCUUCCUUUUUAUCCGGUCAUUCAAAUAAUACAUCAAACUCUAGCAAUGUCUUCGUUAGUGGUCAAUCCAAAAAAACAUAUUCUACAGUUUCUUCUCCUAAACCAAAUGGCACCAAAACUAGUACCUCCAAAAUUGCAUUGAUCGGCGCUAGAGGGUAUACAGGCAAGAAUUUAAUCAAUUUAAUCAACUCUCAUCCAUAUUUAGAAUUAUCUCAUGUUUCUUCUCGUCAAUUAGCUGGUCAAAAGGUGGAAGAUUACACUAAAUCCGAGGUUAUCCAUGAAAAUUUACAAAUUGAAGACAUUAAAGCAUUAGAGAAAGAAGGUAAAGUUGAUUUUUGGAUAAUGGCCUUACCAAAUAAAGUUUCUGAACCAUUCAUUGAAGCUAUUGAAAGUGUUAACGGUAACUCUAAGAUUAUUGAUUUAUCUGCCGAUCACAGAUUUGUUCCAGAAACUGAAUGGGCUUACGGUUUACCAGAAUUAAAUGAUAGAGAAAAAAUCGCCAAAGCAAAGAAGAUUGCUAACCCAGGGUGUUAUGCUACUGGUUCUCAAUUAGCAAUUGCACCAAUAAAAGAAUAUUUAACUAGUGAACCAACUGUCUUUGGUGUUUCUGGUUAUUCCGGUGCUGGUACAAAACCAUCUCCAAAGAAUGACCCUAAGUUUUUAAAUAAUAAUUUAAUCCCUUACACUUUAACUAACCAUAUUCAUGAACGUGAAAUAUCUACUAGAAUAGGUACUCGUGUUGGAUUCACUCCACAUGUUGGUCAAUGGUUCCAAGGAAUUACUUUAACUGUAUCGAUGCCUAUUAAGAAAGGAUCCUUAACUUCUGAAGAAGCAGAAAAAGUUUAUGAAGAUUUCUAUAAAGGAGAAAAAUUAGUUCAUAUUCAAAGUGAUAUCCCAUUAGUAAGAGAUAUCAUGGGAACACACGGUGUUGUUAUUGGUGGCUUUAAAGUUAAUGAUGAACAAGAUCGUUUAGUUGUUGUUGCUACAAUUGAUAAUUUAUUGAAGGGUGCUGCAACCCAAUGUGUUCAAAAUAUGAAUUUAGCUAUGGGCUACGGUGAAUAUGAUGGUAUUCCAGAUGAAAAAAUUGUGUCUAAAUAA